AUGGUUCUUCCUAGCAGAAGAAUGCCAUUAAGGCAUUUCCAAACCAUUUUAAUUAUUAUUAUUAAUGUUCUAGAGUUGUGGAUCCUGAUGAUGUCCUCCGAAGCUGCAAUGAUACCAACUGUUCCAUCACAGGUUUCCUUUGAUACCGGAUCAAAUAAUACAAAUUCUGCCGUCCAUUCGUCGUUUUUCCAAUUCAACAACAGCCUUCCAUCCUCUUCUUUGAUUCCUAUCUUUUUCAACAUUACCAAAGAAACAGUCAAUGAUAAUAUGAAAAUCUACGGUGGAUGUCUCGGAUUACCUUGUAAUUUUAUGAUCAUCAAUGCAACAGAUUAUUUUGAUUUUCUUCAAAAUCCCUCUUUAGGUCUUUUGAGAAAGAAUGCAGCUCAGUUAGGUCUUUUAAACAUAACCAAUGUGGAUGGUACAUUACUUUUUAUUGGUGAUGCUGGAUUAUACGCAUUCAUUGCGGUGAAUCCGAAUGUGAACAGUACUUGGCUCAGUGUUAAGGCUGAGUUAAAAUUCAGUUAUGGACGCCAUGUCGUUCUGCUCUUUCGACAAUACUGGUACCUGGUUCUAGUGCUUUGUCUUGUAGUUGUUCUGUUUGGACUGUUGUGCGCAUUCGCUGUUAAUAAGAUAAAAGGAAGGGAAAUGCUUAAUGGAAUGACCAGGUACUCCAAAAAGCAAUCUCAACUCAAACGAGCCUUACUCACAGAAGAAGAUAUAGUAGUUGAGUCAUUUAUUGAACAUUCAAAUAAUGGUGAUUCACAGCAAUGA